AGUACUCAGUCGCAGUGGCACUCGAGAGCGAGAGGUAGCCGUAACGCGUCUGUCUGUUUUUUCAACUCUGUAACACGACAUUUAAGACACAUUGUAUUGUCAGUCAGUUUUUAGUCUCGCGCCAACACUCGGUUGUAAUACAUUACAAUUAUUAUUAUUAUUAUUAUUUUUAAAUAUUAAUAACAAUAAAUAUACUUACUAAAGCAACAUUACUAGUGAUACCGACUUGAUAAUAUAAUAUUCCAUAAUCCAAUAAAGUAAAAGUACAUAUAAUUACUAUUAUUAUAAUUGCUAGUAAUAACCAACAACAGCAUUUGUCUAGACCACUUGGUACGCGUGUAGAAAUAUUAUCCAACAAAUUAUUACAAAUACACGCGAGUGUGCUAGAUAACAAAAUAUAAAAAAUCUAAAAGUGUAUUAUUUUAUUUGUUGCAAGUAAUUUUUUAUGACGAUACUGAAGUCUUGAACAAAGAAGAAAGUGGUUUAAAAAAAAUCUUAAAUCAUUGGCAAUCGCUACUUGGUACUGAGUAAAAAGCUACAAAAAAUCUCAAGGACUCGAGUCUUUGCUACCAACUGAAUUGUAAAAAAUAAAAAAAUUUGAAAUUUGAAUAAUUUAUUUUUGUACGAAAACUCGGGUGGGUUUUUAGUUUUUAGUACUCAGCAUAAAUCGUGGGAGCAGAAAUCCUUUGUGUGAGAAUUUAAAAAAUCUACAGGUAUUUGUAAUACGUAAUAACGCUCAAUUGUUUAAUUAUCAGACGACAAAUUAAAACGUGUCAGUGAUUUAAAAUAAUAAACGAUAAUUGCAUUGAUAUCGAUAUUGAUAUUUUAGAGUGAUUGAAGGUGUGGAUAAUUAGUUGGUAUAUUCGAAGAAUAAGAAGCGUGGAAACAAGAUGCCGACAAGUUUAUUCAGCGACAUAGAUCGCAGCGUGAGCGCCGGUGCUGGUACUCUGGAGGAACAACGUGCCCUCCAACUGGCCUUUGAGCUGUCGAUGCUGAGUCUCGAGGGCACUCAGGGCUGCACGGGGAACGGAGGCUCCGGUCCCGGGAACGGAAAUUCAAAUGACCCGAGUGAUCUACAGGCGACUCCGUCUAGCGUCUUUGAGGAGGCGAGGUCCAAGAAGAGCCAGAACAUGACCGAGUGCGUUCCCGUGCCCAGCAGCGAGCACGUGGCUGAGAUCGUUGGCCGCCAAGGUUGCAAGAUAAAAGCACUACGUGCUAAAACCAACACCUACAUAAAGACUCCAGUACGAGGAGAGGAGCCAGUGUUCGUGGUGACCGGACGCAAGGAAGAUGUAGCACGUGCAAAACGUGAGAUUCUGUCAGCAGCUGAACAUUUUUCACAGAUUCGGGCUUCACGGAAAAGUUCAUUGGGCGCACUACUGGGAACACCACCGGGUCCACCAACAUCAGUGCCCGGCCACGUGACUAUUCAGGUACGCGUGCCAUACAGAGUUGUUGGUUUGGUAGUUGGCCCAAAAGGUGCGACAAUCAAGAGGAUCCAGCAUCAGACCCACACCUACAUCGUCACACCCAGUCGCGAUAAGGAGCCAGUCUUCGAAGUUACCGGUUUGCCAGAGAACGUCGAGGCCGCGAGACGUGAAAUAGAAGCUCACAUUGCACUCCGCACAGGUUCAACCAGUGGACCGGGUGGUCUCGUAGGAGACGAAGUUGAUUUGCUUGGGGCUCUGUGUCGCGGCGGACUAGGGUCAAUCCUCGGCAAUUUGGAUCCACCUGGGUCUAAUGGCUCAAACGGUUCCACCAGUGGCGCUUUUUCUAGCAGCGGAAGCUGCAGCAGUUCAUCAAGCAGCUCCGGAGCACCCGGACUCAACGACCUCGUGGCCAUCUGGGGCGCGGGCAUCGACCGCGACGAAGGACUUGGAGACUCACCGUCAUUUGAAUCUCAGACAGCAUCUGCCUCAUCAAUAUGGUCAUUCCCGGGAGUAACACUACCAUCCCGACCAUCGCCACCGGCUUCAGCGAGCCCAGCAAGCCCCACGGAUUCACUACUCGGCACUGGAAGUGCUGGUGGACGUCGUGAGUGUGUCGUCUGCGGAGACAAAGAAGUUACCGCAGCUUUGGUACCAUGUGGUCACAAUUUGUUCUGUCUUGACUGCGGGAAUCGCGUUUGCGAAAGUUCCGAUCCCAGUUGUCCUGUCUGCUCGCGACCUGUUCUUCAGGCGCUAAGAAUUCUGUCUUAAGAUGCUUCAUCCUAAACUAUCUUGAGAUUAUUUAAAACUUAAUGAUGAUGAUGAUGAUGAUGAUAAUGAUGAUAAUGAUGAUUAUUAUUAUUAAAAAUAAAAAAUAAAAAGGAGACGAUUGUAAGGAUAAAACGAAGAACGAUUUAAAUUAUCGAGAAGAGAAACCAACUUCGAGGGACCCUUGAGUCUGGAAAGACGCGCACAAGAUUUAAAUUCCACUGCUGCUGCCAAUAUUUAUUAACAAAAAAAAAAAAAAAAAUUAAAAAAAAAAAAAUAUAUGAAAACAAAGAUUUUAAAACACACAUUUAAUUAAAUUUAAUUACAUACAUAUUUAAAAAACUAAAACUUAAAAUUUAACUACACAAAGAAUUUUAUGAAUAUUAAUUACAUUUAAAAAAAUAAUAAUAAUAAUACUAAUGAAGAACAAACAAACAAACAAACAAACAAAAAACUAAAUAAUAAUAAACAAAUAAAACCGGGGAUUUUGAUGCGUUCAAUGCUCGCUGAUUCCCGCGCCAACCGGAUACAACGAAUCGAUUAAAUAUGCUGUAGGUGUAGACUCCCCGACUCGCGGCGCGUCUCCUAUCGCCUGCUUUCUCGCAACACUUAAAUCUCACAUGAUAAUAACAAUAAUUACUAACAAAUAAUUAUUAUUAUCAUAAAUACUUAGCAUUUAACAAAAAAAAAACUGUUUUUUUUAAAACCGUUAAGUAAAUUGAAAAUAUAAAUUGCAGCCAACAGAUUUAAAAUUAUUCCAUUAAAGUGUAAGACUUGACGAUUAUUUAUUUAUUAUUUUAAUUAAAAAUUUCGAGUUAAUAAAUAAUUGUUUAGUCUUAUUCUUUGUUAAGAAACUAGUCGCGCCGUGAAUCCUUUUUAAUGAGAUUUAUAUGUAAUAAUUAAUCCUCGUAGAUCUGUGUGUGUGUCGUUCGCCAAUUUAGUGAAUGAGUUUGAAAACAACAAAUAUAUAUAUAUAUAUAUAUAUACACAUAUAAGUAUAUGUAUAUUUAUAUAUAAAUUAACAUUAAUAAAUAAUGAUAAAAUAAUUAUUAUUAUUGAUAAUAAUCAUAAUGAUAAUUUUUUAUAAUUUAAAUAAAAUGAGAUUAGGAACAAGUGUUGUGGUAUAUAUAUAUUUAACGAUUUUUAGAAGUCAUUAAAAUGAGUAAUAUAUAAAUUAAAAUAAAUAAUUAUUUAGAUUUUAACGCAACCCCUCGAGUCGCCGGUUCGCUGAGUGAUUAAAAGAAAUUUUUUUUUUAUAAUUAAACUUAAAUUUAUAAAAAAUUGAUCACUAAAAUAAAUAUAAAAAAAAGAAAUCAAUAAAUAAUUUAUAGCUCAAACGGCGCGAAAUCUUUUACCGGACAUCCCUCGCUUAGAGUAUUAUCUUUACCUUUAUAUAUAUAUAUAUAUAUUUAAUAAGCGAUAGCAAUUUAAAUAAUAUAUUAAAUAUAUAUAAUUAAAAAAAAAAUAUAAACAUAAAUAUAAAUAGAUAACAAAUAUAUUAUUAUAUAUAUAUAUAAAAAAAUUAAAAAAAUUUAAAAAAAAAAAAAAAA